AUGUUCACAAGUGAUGCCAAGUGUGCCCUCCUCUUCUGUGGAGAUUUUAAUAGCUGUCCUGAAUUUGGCGUAUAUCGACUCUUCACAACGGGAGAAGUACCUCAUAGUCUUGCUGACUGGAAAAGCAGUGAGGAGGAGGCAGUGUCCGGUUUAACAGCUAGUAUUCACGAAACGCUCCGCUCGGCGUACGGGACGCCGGAUUACACCAACUACACAGUGGAUUUUAAAGGAUGUCUGGAUUAUAUCUUUUAUUCCAAGGAGCUAUCAGUGACCUGUGUGAUUCCCCUCCCUCCGCAUGAGGUCGUCGCCCACACCGAGUACUUGGCCAUUCCCAGCCCCCUCCUGCCUUCUGAUCACCUCGCAUUAGUGGCCACACUUCAGUUUAUUGAAGACGCAAUUCAUCAAUAAACAGAUCACCCACAACGUGAUAGUUCUUUAUUGUCUUCGCAAUUGUAUUAUAUAAAAUUGCUUUUCAUGCUGUAGUAACUGCUAGCCAGUCCGGUUGAAAUUUCUAGAAAUUAGCUUAGAAGACGCGUUUUAUUUGGCUUUUUGCCUCCACCAACUAGCCAUUUGGACACUGUCCUGCGUGUGCAACCGUUUCGAAAAAAAAAAA